AUGGACACUCCCAGCACCGCGCGACGAACGCCAGCGACUGGAGGCAGCGCCACGGCGAAUCGGCGCCGCCGAAUUAGACCAUCUCGGGCUCGCGGCCUGAGAACCAAGACAGGAUGCCUUACAUGCAGGGAGAGACGUGUGAAGUGCGAUGAUGUCAGACCCACUUGUUUACGAUGCUCCAAGUCCGACCGACUCUGCCGGUAUGCCGACGAUGCUUCGCAGGUAGCUGCUGCCCAGGUCGCCGACCAGCACCAGGCCAACAGAGCCGGGGCCGAACAUGGGACCCCAAGGACGCCGUCGAAUACAGAGAAUUGUGUGGAGGAAGGGCGUCACGGGGAGAACGGCACCAGCAGUUCAGGGGCUAUACAGGAGCAGCGGUCGAAUAUUGGGACCGCACCCUACUUUCAUGCCCAGGCUACCUCAGGCCCUGUUGAAGCCUCUGGACUACUGCAUACAAACACCUUGACAGAGACGCCACAGCAAAACUGCCAGGGCGAAGCGACUGACCAAAGAGUGGCCAGUCUAGACUCAGGGCUCGCAGCGUCUCCAUUUUCACUAAACCAGAUAUCUCUGCUCAACAUCUCCCCCUUUGAAUGGUACGACUUGCUAGCACGAGAUGCCAUCAUCAAUAUCCAACGACAGAAGGAAACAUCAGCGGACGAUUCAAGAUGGAGAUUCCCCGAAAUCGCCCUGUCUAGAAGGCAGUCACCAACCCGCGAAAGCUCCGAGACUCAACCUGGGCAAGCCAGGAGGCAGACUAAUCAGCAGCGGAACACGCCGGAAGAGCGAGAAGGUGGACGCGAAGCUCCUUUGCUGGAAUAUCAACAGAUGUCCGAGCCCUGGAACACAGCAGAUCGGAUAAAGCUAUCGGCGAUCGACGUUAAGUUCUUUCGCUACUACAUUGAAGUUGUGGGCCCAAUCCUGGACCUGUUUGAUCCCUCUCGGCAUUUCAGUAACGUCGUGCCUCAUCUUGCACUUCGAAAUAUUGGGCUCUUGAAGUCGAUCCUUGCUGUUGGGGCAAAACAUAUGUCCCUUGGUCUUCAUAAUGUGUCCGGUGAAGAUGUACCAGGCGACCCUGCAGCCCCAAAUAUGAAUACACCAUCUUCGCUACCAACAGGUGCUGGCCUUCCGUCAGAGUCAGACACUGAUCCGGCACACAUGGCCACUCAGUACUACUACGAAACGCUCCAAUAUCUCUCGCAGACACUCCUCUACCCCUCCUAUGCCGACUCACAUGAAAUUUUGGCAACAGCUACCAUGAUAAGCACGUACGAGAUGUUCGAUGCUGACAGCAUCUCGACCAGUGGUGUCUGGGAACAGCAUUUGCGAGGCUCUUUCUGGAUUCAGCGAUCCCAAGACAAUGACGGCGAGUCUGUUGAUGGGUUUAGGCAAGCCGUGUGGUGGGCUUGGCUCCGACAGGAUAUCUGGGCGGCUUUCCAGGCAGGACGACCAACACUUACCUUCUGGCGUGCUAAGAAAAAACUCGAGGACUUAAACCCCGAUGAGAUCGCAACAAGAAUUGUUUAUAUUUGUGGAAAAUGCGUGGCAUAUGCCGCCGCAGGUGACAUGUCGCCAAAUCAAGACCCAAGAGAUAGAAUCGAGCAGGGCGACCGACUCCUGCGCGCACUUGACGAAUGGAAUCGUGUUCUCCCUGCUUCCUACCAGCCAGUUACCUUCGCCACGAGUCCUGGCUCGUCGGUUGCAUGCCCGCCUAUAUGGAUCCACCCACCAAAUCACGCCGGUGCGAUGCAAAUGUACCAUUUUGCACGCGCGAUUGUUCUGCUGAGCCAGCCCACGAUGGGAGGGCUCGGUGCUUACUUGCAACGUGAUAAACAGCUUGCUGAGAGUGUCAAGACGGUUUGCGGCAUUGCCAAUGCAUGUCAGGAACAUGAGUCUGCCAUGGCUUUUGUGAACGUACAGGCUUUGUUUGGAGUUGGCCAGUUUGUUCGAUCGCCUGAGAUGAGAGAUGAGCUACUGCGUACUUUGAAUAACAUGCUGAGAAUCAGCAAGUUUCCCCCCAAGGGACUCGUUGCUCGACUUAAACAAGUAUGGCAGGAAUGA